CGCGCGCAAUUUCAAGACUCGACGGCAUACUUUAUCAACAACUGUACAGGUACCGGUACGUUAGGCAGCUUCAACAUGGAGACAUCAAUCAAUCUUGAUCUUGAUGACCUAAUGGGACCUGAAGAUGGAUUUGAUGAUGACGAUGAUCUUCCUGCUGUAACAAGACUUCCUGGAUUAGAUGAUGAUGAAGACCAAGAGAACUUACUUAACACGAGUGGACAGCGCAAUGAAGGGCUCCUGGACACUCUACUGGAUCCUGCUGGAGCUGAAGAAGGAGCUGCUCCGGCUGCUAAGAGAGUGGUUAACAGGAAACCAAUACCUAAACUGGAUGCUACAAGACUGACUGGCGAGAGGGGACUCCCAGUCCUGAUGAAACACUUUGAGAAGGUCAAGUUCAAGGGCAAAGGUCAUGAGGUAUCUGACCUCGAUCGACUGAUGCGGGUAAUGGAGCACUGGGCGCAUCGUUUGUUUCCCAAGAUGCCCUUUGAUGAUGUCAUUGAGCGCAUUGAGAAGCUGGGGAGCAAGAAGCCAGUACAGACAUGUAUAAAGAAGAUUCGUCUUGAUAUGCCUCUGUUGGAUGAGGAUUUUGUCACUAGAGGUGGAGAAGAUGUUAUUGAAGGAGGAGGUAAUGAGACGACUGGUCUCGGUGAUGAUUUCCCGACACCAAGUUUUCCGGGCACCCAACCUCCCUCAAGCAAUACACCUAAGGUUCCAAUGACAGAUGAGCAAAGGGAACGCAUCGAACGCAACAAGAGACUUGCUAUGGAACGUCGACUGGAGAAGCAAAAGGAAGCGCAGAGUAGCCAGAAGCCUGGAGCAUCCCAGGGUGAUGGUCUGGAUGAAGCAGAACUCAAUGAUCUCUUUGGGACAGGAUCAGCCAAGUCAAAGGUUGUAGAUAAUGAUGGGAUUGAUUCUGAUGAGGAUGAACUGGAGAGGGAGCUGUGGGAGAGUCAGAUGAUGGAGGGAAAGAAGGAGCAGAAGAAGGUUCCGCAGAAAGGGGCGGCUUCUGAAGAGGUGGAAAUUGACGCGGAUGAAGCGGAGAUGGAGAACGAGAUGUGGAAUCAGAUGACCCAGCCUGUGCCAAUGCAGUCUCAGAUCAAUAGAUCAUGCGAGGUACCUAAAGUGGCUGAGAAGAGCAAGGAUAUAACUGAGGAUGAAAGUGACGAGGAGGAAAAAGCAGUGAAAGACUCGCAAUCUGUUGGAUCACAAGAUGAAGCACCUAAGGGAAUCAAGAGAAACAAGAGACUUAUCGAUGAUGACAGUGAUGAUGAUGAUGUGAUGGAGGUUGUCAAAGACAUCAAGACAGAUGAUUCACAAGUGAUGCCUUCCAAAGGAGCCAAGAAGAGGAGAGUUAUCAGCGAUGAUGAUGACGAUGAUGAGAUGGAAGACUCCAGCAAGAUGACGCAGCUUCUCUCUCUGCAGUUAACUAAGGAUGCUUCCGACGAAAUAAAUGUAGACUCUAGAUCACCCUCAAAGUUGGAAAAGACUGCAAGAGUCAUUGAUGAAGAAACAGAUGAUGUUCUGUCUAAAGAUGUUGAAGGUAUAGAGGAUGAUACUGAGAAGCAUCUCAAGGAUGCUGAAGCUGAUAUUUGCAAUCAGAUGACCGAACCAGUUCUUUCUCAAAAUCCGACAGACUCAAACUCUUUUCCAGUAUCACAGGAAAGAUCUAAGAGCAACAGCCAAGAUGAAGUCGUGGGUGAUGAUGCAGGAGAAGUCUGGAAUCAAAUGACAGAACAGGUCGAAACACAGAACAUAAAUAAUUCACAAGAUGAUCAGUUGUAUACCAUGUUGAAAAGUAAAAAGAAUGUUAUCAAUGAUGAUGAUGAAGAUGAUGAUGAAACUCAGAUAGAUAUUGAUAUGUGUAACCAAGAUACAGAACCUGUCAACACUGGAAAUUCUCAAGACACUGAAUAGAAUUUUUCUGAAUGAUAAGUUGAUGUAGAUUAGAAAUGAGAAUAGAAAUAACAUGGGUAUUUUUAUUCUUGUACAAUAUAUAUACAUCCAUUUUCUAUCAAAUUCAUCAAUUAGUUAGGAUGGUUAAAGCCCAGCCAACGAUUAACUAAAGGGUAAAUGUAAUGUAUUAUGAUCAAGUAACAUGCAAAUCUCACAGAAGUGCAGUAGCUGUUCAAUCUUUUUCAACUGCCGAUUCUCUGAAUAUUCAAAUAUUCCAUUCUUAGAUAUUUAGCACCUUCUCUUGAUGUUUUUUCCCUAAAAGUGCUCUUUAUAUACUUAUAGCUCUUAUCUUACAAUUCAUACAGUUCAUAUUUCAAUGAUUGGAUAUCAUAAAGCUACAAAAAGAUAAUAUCCUGCAAAUUCCAGCCAUUUCCAUGCUUUGGAAUAGGUUGUAAAUAAGAAAAGAAAAAAACAAUUUUGUUUUAUCAGGCAUCCAAUAAAAAAAAGGAUAAAUCGCAAAAUUCAUCCCGUAAAGCACAUUUUUAUUGUAUACCCUCUACAUCAUAAUUGUUCAUAUAGGGAAUUCGAGUAGUAAUGAACACAUUUUUUAAUUACAAAUUUUUUUUUGACGGGGGAUGAUACCAAAAAUUAUCAGCUUUUUGUACUUCUGGUCACUCUGGUGCAUUUCUUUGUAAAUAAUUCAAUUUAACCUUUGAUUCUCUGUCCCAAACUAAUUUUUAAAAAGUACCACUCAUUCUCUUUAUUUGACAUUCCUGUGUAGGAUUCAGAGCUGCUGCCUCUUAUGUUUUUGCCUAUUUAUUCUCAUUUUGGCAACUAAAUUACAGUAUUUUUUCUUCACAAAAUAUGUCUUUACAUUGAAAUUAAUUAUUAUUAUAUAUAUGUUUUUUAGAUUUUAUAAAGAAAAUUGUAUCCUUUGAAGAAUUCUGUUUAAUAAAUCUUUAUUGGAUGAAGGGAACUACACCAAAGGUUGAAAGGUCAUUUGUGGGUCAAAUUUUCAAAAUACAGUUUUGAGAAUCACUGAAUGUAUCAAUUUCUCAUUCCCAAAGGUUGUAAGAUUUGUUUUUAAGGGUUGUGUUGAAAAAUUCCUUUUUUUUGGCCGUUAUGGUUCCCUUUUUGGGGGGAGGGGGGGGGGUGCCCAAGGUUGGCAGCUCAGAGGACUGGUUAUGUAUUUUUUACCCCCAUAUCCUAUCCUUUUUCAUAUACCAAUAGUACAGAAUUUGUUAUUUAGAGCAAUUUCCACAAUAUAAUUGUUUUUAUGUCAUUUAACCUUUUCAGGUGUUAUCUGUUUAUUCAUAAUCGUGUACAUGGAUGCUAUAUGAUUAAAAAAAUAUAUAAUUC